AUGGAGCGCCUUGGGUCCCUCCCACUUCUGCUUCUAUUGUUUACGUCUGUCAGAUGUCAAUUCGAUGCCUGCGGGCGGACGACGGGGCGCGGCUGGGAAGCGUCCCCCUGCCAGCCGCCGCCCGCUAACAUGAAAGAAGCCAUGCAAAUUAGGGUUGAUCCACCAGGGGUCACCUGCGGGAACCCCCCGGAACGAUUCUGCACCCUGGAGAACCCGUACCUGUGCAGCGACGAGUGCGACGCGUCUAGCCCGGACCUGUCUCACCCGCCUCAGCUGAUGGGAGACCGAGAAAGGGGCGGCCUAGUCACUUACUGGCAAACGGUCACGUGGUCCCAGUACCCUGAGCCCCUGUUGGCCAACGUCACGCUGUCGUGGAACAAGAGCCUGGAGGCCGCGGAUGACCUGGUGGUCAGCUUCGAGUACGGGCGUCCCACCGCCAUGGUGCUGGACAAGUCUACGGACAAAGGGCUGACGUGGCAGCCGUACCAGUUCUACGCCGACGACUGCAUGGAGACCUUCGGCAUGCCGCCCAAGCGGGUGUCCGACUUAGCGCCCAGCAACGUGACCAGGGUCAUCUGCACCGAGCGCUACUCCAGAUGGGUGGGCGCCAAGGAGGAAAAGACAGUGGUGUUUGAGGUGGGAGCUCGCUUGCGCCUCUUCGCUGGCCCCAAACUCCUCAACUUGGACGCCUUGUACACACGACUGCAGAGCAGCAAAGCUUUGCGAGACUUCUUCACUUUCACCAACCUGCGCCUGAGGCUCCUGCGACCGGCUCUUGGAGGGACCUAUGUCCAAAGAGACAACUUGCUCAAGUACUUCUACGCCAUUUCCAACAUCGACGUACCCGCUAGGUGCAAAUGUAACCUGCACGCUUCCGCUUGCGUGUUGCGCGACGCCACGCUGACGUGUGACUGUGAACACAACACCGGCGGACAAGACUGCCAACGCUGUAGCGCCGGGUUUGAGUCCCGCCAAUGGAUGCCCGGGAGCUUCCUGCCGCUUCCGGGAGGGAUCGCCAAUGCAUGUGAAGCGGCAGAAACAACCACCAAAUGCGAAUGUAACGGCCACUCCAACCGCUGCAGCUUCAUGGACUUCUUGAACGUGGUGACGUGUGUGAGCUGCAAGCACAACACCAGAGGUCACCGUUGCCAACACUGUCGCGUCGGAUACUACAGGAACCCAGACCUGCCGCUGGAUCACGAGGACAUUUGCGUGGAGUGCCAGUGUGACACGGCGGGCAGCCGCUCACGGCAUUGCGCCGCCUCGGGUGACUGCCAGUGUAGAGACGGCGCCACCGGGAGGCGCUGCGACCAAUGUCUGCCCGGAUACACGCGGAGAGUGGGCGAGGCCGGCUGCACAGUUAACGUGUGCGAUGAGGUCCGGACGUGUCAGAACGGCGGCACUUGCGUCGACUUCCUGCGCUGCGACUGCGCCGAGGGCUUUGCAGGCGCGUACUGCGAGCGGCGUGAGUGUCUGAAAAAGAGUGGUUGCCUUGACGCCGACACUGACGCGGCCUCGACGACGUCGCCCUCAUGGAUCACGAUGACACUCGGCCUGAUCGCUGUCGCAGCCACUUAUGUAUGA